AUGGGAGCUAACAGCAGCAAAGCUCUCCCCAGAAAGAGCAAGCUGGCUUCAAAACAAGAGAGACGCAAGAAUAAGAGAAAGCGUGAAGAGUCUUUGAAGCAGAAGAAGGAACUGUCCCAGGAGCUGAGCAGCCUCCGCAAUGAACUGGCACCGCCCUCUCUCCUUCUGUUCCCUCCUCAGCACCUCCCUCUCUCCUUCUGUUUCCUCCUCAGCACCUCCCUCUCUCUUUCGGUUCCCUCCUCAGCAUCUCCCUCUCUCCUUCUGUUCUCUCCUCAUCACCUCCCUCUCUCCUUCUGUUCUCUCCUCAUCACCUCCCUCUCUCCUUCUGUUUCGUCCUCAGCACUUCCCUCUCACCUUCUGUUCUCUCCUCAGCAUCUCCCUCUCUCCUUCGGUUCCCUCCUCAGCACCUCCCUCUUUCCUUCUGUUCCCUCCUCAGCACCUCCCUCUCUCUUUCGGUUCCCUCCUCAGCAUCUCCCUCUCUCCUUCUGUUCUCUCCUCAUCACCUCCCUCUCUCCUUCUGUUCUCUCCUCAUCACCUCCCUCUCUCCUUCUGUUUCGUCCUCAGCACUUCCCUCUCACCUUCUGUUCUCUCCUCAGCAUCUCCCUCUCUCCUUCUGUUCUCUCCUCAUCACCUCCCUCUCUCCUUUUGUUUCGUCCUCAGCACUUCCCUCUCACCUUCUGUUCUCUCCUCAGCAUCUCCCUCUCUCCUUCUGUUCUCUCCUCAUCACCUCCCUCUCUCCUUUUGUUUCGUCCUCAGCACCUCCCUCUUUCCUUCUGUUCCCUCCUCAGCACUUCCCUCUCACCUUCGGUUCCCUCCUCAGCAUCUCCCUCUCUCCUUCUGUUCUCUCCUCAGCACCUCCCUCUCCUUCUGUUCCCUCCUCAGCACCUUCCUCUCUCCUUCUGUUCUCUCCUCAGCAGCUACCUCUCCUUCUGUUCUCUCCUCAGCACCUCCCUUUCCUUCUGUUCCCUCCUCAGCACCUCCCUCUCUCUUUCGGUUCCCUCCUCAGCAUCUCCCUCUCUCCUUCUGUUCUCUCCUCAGCACCUCCCUCUCCUUCUGUUCCCUCCUCAGCACCUCCCUCUCACCUUCGGUUCCCUCCUCAGCACCUCCCUCUCCUUCUGUUCCCUCCUCAGCACUUCCCUCUCACCUUCGGUUCCCUCCUCAGCAUCUCCCUCUCUCCUUCUGUUCCCUCCUCAGCACCUCCCUCUCCUUCUGUUCUCUCCUCAGCAGCUCCCUCUCCUUCUGUUCUCUCCUCAGCACCUCCCUCUCCUUCUGUUCCCUCCUCAGCACCUCCCUCUCCUUCUGUUCCCUCCUCAGCACCUCCCUCUCCUUCUGUUCUCUCCUCAGCAGCUCCCUCUCCUUCUGUUCUCUCCUCAGCACCUCCCUCUCCUUCUGUUCUCUCCUCAGCACCUCCCUCUCCUUCUGUUCUCUCCUCAGCACCUCCCUCUCCUUCUGUUCCCUCCUCAGCACCUUCCUCUCUCCUUCUGUUCCCAGUUUGUGUUUAAACUUUUGGAUCAAUCCUAG